CCCGAGCUGAGCCGCAGAGAGGAAGGAGCACAGAGCCGCCGCAGACGGGCUGGAGCUGGAGAUCACCUCACUUUGCAUGAUCACAUCCGCAGAUCGUCCAGGAUCUAAAGAUGUGGACCGGCGUCGGAAAGCUUGUGCUUCUACAUUUGUUACUCAUGGAGCUCAGCGGCCACGCUAAAGGAACUCAUACCGAGUCAGAGUGUGAAAUAGGGCAGUUUCAGUGCAAGAGCGGAGUGUGCAUCCCAAGCCUCUGGAGAUGUGAUGAUGACAAUGACUGUUCAGACAGCAGCGAUGAGGAGAACUGUCCAAAGAAGACAUGUGCGACCACUGACUUUGCCUGUAAGAACGGACAAUGCCUGCCUGCUAGGUGGCGCUGCGACGGAGAACCAGAGUGUGCAGAUGGUUCGGAUGAGGCUGAUGCAAUCUGCAGCCGACAGACUUGUCCUCCGGAGAAGUUUGAUUGUGGAGGGGUGGCCAGCAAAUGUGUUUCGCUAUCGUGGCGAUGUGACGGAGAGAGGGACUGUGAAAACGGAGCAGAUGAGGAGGAGUGUCCUGCAGAUGAAAAGGCCUGCCCCUCCAAAGAUUUCCAGUGCCGUAACGGAAAGUGUGUGGCACCCAUCUUUGUCUGCGACGGUGACGACGACUGUGGGGACGCCAGCGACGAGGACAAGUGCUCUUCCCCCACCUGUGGCCAGCACGAGUUCCGUUGCAAUGACUCUGAAUGCAUCCCCGCCCUGUGGAGCUGCGAUGGCGACCCAGACUGCAAAGACAAGUCGGACGAGUCCAUGGAGCGCUGCAGCCGCAGGACGGAGCCCCAGAAACCCGGCUGCCCGGGCGAGUUCCAGUGCGGCAGUGGAGAGUGCGUUCACAUGCACUGGAAGUGUGACGGCGAUGCAGACUGCAAAGAUAAAUCGGAUGAAGCAAACUGUCCGCUGCUUACAUGUCGACCUGAUGAGUUCCAGUGUGGCGAUGGCUCCUGUAUCCAUGGCACCAAACAGUGUAAUAAAGUCCACGACUGCCCGGAUUACAGCGACGAGGCUGGCUGUGUAAAUGUUACAAAGUGUGACGGACCAAAAAAGUUCCGCUGCAAGAACGGAGAGUGUAUCGACAGCAGCAAGGUGUGCGACAAUGUAAAAGACUGCAAAGACUGGUCUGAUGAGCCAGUGAAAGAGUGUGGCCUGAACGAGUGUGCAGACAACAAUGGCGGGUGCUCCCACAUCUGCAGAGACCGGAGAAUUGGUUAUGAGUGUGACUGCCCCUCCGGGUACAAACUCCUGGACAAAAAGACUUGUGGAGACAUAGAUGAGUGUGAGAACCCAGAUGCCUGCAGUCAGAUCUGCAUCAAUUACAAAGGGGAUUAUAAAUGUGAGUGCUAUGAAGGCUACGAGAUGGACCCUGCCUCAAAGACCUGCAAAGCUGUGGGAAAGAGUCCUUGCCUGAUGUUCACUAAUCGUCAUGAAAUCCGUCGGAUUGACCUGCUGAAGAGCGAAUACACACAGGUGGUUCCCACCCUGAAGAACGCUGUGGCCCUGGAUGUGGACGUUUCCACUAACAAGAUGUUCUGGUGUGAUCUGUAUCAUCGCAAAAUAUACAGUGCAUACAUCAACAAGGCCAGCGACUCUUCGCAACAGGUGACGUUGGUCGACUCACUCCACUCGCCGGAGGGCCUGGCUGUGGAUUGGGUCCAUAAAAACAUCUACUGGACAGAUUCUGGCAAUAAGAGCAUCUCUGUUGCAACGGGAGAUGGCAGGAAGAAGAAAGUGCUAAUAGCCACGGAGCUCAGUGAGCCACGGGCCAUUGCAGUGGAUCCUCACCAAGGUUUCAUGUACUGGUCAGACUGGGGAGAUCAGGCCAAAAUAGAGAAAGCUGGAAUGAAUGGAGUGGACCGUCAAAUUCUGGUGUCUGACCACAUUGAGUGGCCCAAUGGAAUCAGUCUGGAUUUGUCCAACAGACGUCUUUACUGGGUGGACUCCAAGCUGCACCUGCUGUCCAGCGUGGAUCUGAACGGAGACAACCGCAAAGUCCUGCUGUCCUCCCAUCACCACCUUGGACAUCCAUUCGCCCUCACCGUGUUUGAGGAUCGUGUCUUCUGGACGGACUUGGAGGAUGAAGCCAUUUACAGCGCAAACCGGCUGACGGGUCUCGAUGUGGCGAAAGUAGCAGAAGAUCUUAACAACCCGCUGGACCUUGUUGUGUUUCAUGAACAGAGGCAGCCCAAAGCCCCUGACACCUGCAACAUGGGCAGCCUACCAAACGGCGGCUGUGAGUAUCUCUGUCUAAAGGCUCCUCAGAUCACAGAUCAUUCUCCAAAGUACACCUGCGCCUGUCCUGAUGGGAUGGAGCUCGGACCAGACAUGAGGCGCUGCGCUGUAGUGCGAAUCAGGACAACCACCACAGUUGCCCCAACCACCACAACCACCACGACAGCAACUACAACAACAGCCACGACAACUACGACCACCAGCCCUGCCACCAGCACUACCACCGUGACUCCCACCACAACAAGCACUACCACUUCUGCUGCCACCCCAGCGAGGACCACAACCAGGCACCACAUGACACCAAAGCCCCCUCAGACCUCCAGAAGCAGCAGGAUCACCCAGCCACCUGUGACACAAGCCGCCACAAGCACAGAAACUACCAGUUUGAGCAGCACCAGCCAGACGUCCACACAAACGCCCUUACUGGGCCCAGUGGCACCAGACAGCAUUCAGAGAGAGACCAAUGCUAACCUCUCCCAUAGAGCUGCAAGUGAUCACUACCUCAUAGGUAACAACAUCACAGUUGCCGUUUUGGGAAUAGUCAUUCCGAUUGUCCCUAUCCUUGCCACAGUGGUCAUUGGAUUGCUCUGCACCGGCGGCUACCUGGUUUGGCGCAACUGGCGACGCAAGAACACCAAGAGCAUGAACUUCGACAACCCCGUGUACCGCAAGACCACGGAGGACGACGACGAUGAGAUUCACAUCGGCCGGCACAGCGACUCCAUCGGUCACGUCUACCCGCCACGCGUGGCACUCAGUCUGGAGGAUGAUGGCUAUCCCUGAUGAGGGGGGGAUGCAGCCUGCUCACCCCCCUCCCCUUCAGUCCCUUCCUAUCCCUUCUCUCAGCACAGCCUCCRCACCACUACAAUGAGGCCAGUACAACGCAGAGGGGAAUGAGAUGGAGUCCACAUUUUGCCUCCCCCUUUUUAAGUAGCAAGGAUAACUUGCACAUCUCUUCUCCUUCUUUCUGACUAUUACUACUAGGUACUACCACUUUCAUUAGUGUCAGUUUAGUAGCCUCUGCUCCACUCCUCUCUUCCUCUUCUGCUGCUUCCUAACAGUAGUGGCGUGUGAAAAUGCUGCUAGAUGAUAUCCUUCACACUAACCUCAUUUGAAAAUUGAAGGCAAAGGCCGGUCACCAGAAGUGGGGGGGGGAUGCCUCAUGUUUUGACUGUUUUAUUUAUUUAUGCGUUUUAAAUAUGUAAUCCGCAUCUGUCAGUGUGUAGUCCUAAAGGCGAGAUUACUUGAUCAAGUUUGCACAGUGCAGCAGAAGUCAAGGAUGUCAUAUUUCCUCUGGUUUCCUUAACUUUACAAGUUCACAAGCCUUUUUUAAACUUUGAAAAUAAAAGGCCAUCUAUUAUUUGUACACUUGACAUGUUGCGAUGCUAAACAUAGUUGAGGGGACAGGAGAAAAGAAAAAAGGGAUGAGGCUGUCUGGAUGUUUAGAGGUGGUUUUGGGGUGAAAUAGUGGUGGAGGCAGUUUUUCUUUCUGGCUGAUUUGUGCCUCCAGAAGGUUGUGCCCCAAGGUAAAAAGCAGCAAGGCAGACAGGACAAUGGAUUGUGGGUAAUCCCCCUCUUUGUGUCAGAGGUAUGCACAGAGUCAAUAACGAGCUUGACUUGGCUGAUUAGCUGUGAUGGCUAGAGUUCAUAUAUUUCUUACAUUUUUCUGUUUGUGUUCCUUCUAGUAUUUUACUUCCUGUGACUGCCUUGGAUGUGAAUAUAGAGCUGCUACUCAGAAGCAAUUAUGCACAAAAGACGUCAUUAAUAUUUUAAGAUUUUAAAAGAAUGUCCUGCUUUUCUAUGUUAUGAUUUCUAGUGGUGUAAUUGUACAGGGAAAGACAUGUUUGAAGUUCAUAUUUCUGUAUUUAUCUUCCAUUCAGGCGCAGAUUAAUUUCUUUUCCCCCAGUUUAACUUGCCUCAUCUUAAAGUCGACGUAUUAUAACAGUUAGUGCUGAACUUCAUUGACCCCAUUUCCGUGACUUCCCGGCACUUUUCCCAGUACUAUUCGUGGUGUAGCUACCUUCCUGUUCGUGCAACUGGAUGAGGUGAUGCAGAAAAACAGCCCACGUUUGAAAGACAUCAGUCGCUGCCGUCGCCGAGCGUUCGCUCUGGUUUUGUGUGAGCAGAUCAGUAGCACAUCAUGCUUGGCUGAUCCUGGCACACUGAUUUUAUUUUAGAGAUGGAUAGGGAAGAAAUGUGUGAGCCGGCGUAAAGAGCCGAUCUUCCGUUGACUCGCCUCAAACGUGCUUCCAGCCCAUUGAAUCAGAUGGAGUUUAUGCCCACUGAAAACAGUAAUAAUUGCUCAUUUCAUGUUCCAGUUGUAAAUAACUGCAGGCUAUAAUUAUGGAAAUGGAAAAAAUAGCUGUUACAAUAAGCAACUCACUUACUCUGGACAUCAUUCAAUCAUUUGAUUCAAAGCAUUAAAGAUUUGUCUUCCACACCAAUUGUUGAAAAAAAAUCUAAAUGUUUCAAAUGUGAAGCAGCAAAAACUUGUUUGAAUGGAACAACCUGCAAAAAAUGACACACGGUCUUCCUGUGCUUGCUUACAGUACCGUAGACUGAUGCCAUGAAUUCAUUGAACUGUCAUAAAAAACGGUUACUAUUCAGGGAUUUUUGUGGUUUUCCUUUUUUUUUUUUUUAUUUUUGUUUGAGUUUUAAAUAGCUGAAAGAAAGACAAGUUAAACAGAAAAAUCUCUGUAGAGUUUAUUUACCUGAAUUCCAGCAGUGCUGUGACAUUCUGUCACUCUCUUCCUUAGAAGGAUUUUGCUCAUUCCUGUCCAACUGGUUGAUUAUUUGACCAUUCUUAUCUGUAAGACAGGUGGAGUUUAAUUGGUUGGUUUUCUGGCACAGACCUGACACCCCUAUUGAUGGUGUGGUGGGUUAUUUUUAGUAAUUGAGACAGGAAUUUUAGACAAAACAGUUUUGAAAACUCACUUCCAAAUUGUCCAUUUCAUUGUCAAUGAGCCUACUUCCAAUGCACUUAACCCUGCAAUACAUACUUAUAGGUAACAAAAGUUACAAGUGUUCAGCUGUGGCUAACUCCAGACAGCUAAUCUUGCCUCUUCUACACUCACACAGUUGCACCAUAAUAGUUUUUUUCUUUAAUUGUAGACACUAGCUCAGCAAAUUUAACCAAACCAUUCUGUUCAGCCACAUAAAAUCAUAAUAAUAAUAAUAAUCAUUGUAUGCUAACUUUGUUUCUGCUGGACAUUAAUAUCUAAAUACAUAGAAUUUAUUACAACUAGUGUUUGGGUUUUUACGUUUAUUUUUUGAUGAACUACAGUUAUGGUUUGAAAGAGUGGACAGAGCUUAUUCCAUGUGCUAUGUGCUGCAUCUUCAUCUUCUUGAAAUGCCGUAGUGAAUUGUUUCAGCUCAUUGAUUUUCUAGGAUAUAAGGACUAUUUGAAGGUUCCAAACUCCUGGGUCCUCCCUACGUAGAUCUGAGAAGAAUGGUCAAAUAUAACCAGAUUUGCUAUUGCUGCUGCUUAUCCAUGUUUACUAUAAGGAAGCGUCUAAUUGGAAAUGGUGUUAUUGUGGCCUGUACAUGAUCUUAUUCUCCAAAUGCUUAAAGUGAACAGCAACUUUAAGAGGAGAAAAGCCCCAGGUCAGAGAUCUUUGUAAUUUCUAAGACCGAAUUGGUCUCAGACUCUGCUGACAGGACCCUACGCUGAGUCAGCUCUGUCCUUUCUGUCCAUGUUCGCCUCAGGACUAAUGCAGUUCCAUGCAGAGAAUUUGCAGUUAGGAGGAUAAAUUGCUUAUUUAUUUAGCUGCCUGAGCGUGACAUUGUGGGAAAGUUAUUAUUGCUACAGUGCAAAAGACAGAUUGGCUGGUCCACUUUGUGGUCACCUCCAAUCGAGCCGUCUACUCUGAAGGACACGAUAAAAGUCCAGUCUCCAGCUUUGGCUGCUCAUUUUAUCAGGUAGUAAUGUGGACGUAUAGGUCAACCUGUGACCUUUGACACACCAUUCUAUACAUACAUAUGGGGACCAUUAGAGCAAAUCAGUGCUCAAAUUCCAACAUUAUUCAUAAUUUCACUGUCUGGCCAGCCCAUAAACAGAAGGCAAAGGUUAUAAGGAUAAUUUGUGCUUAUAUGCUGUGAGAGUUGAUUCAGUUAUUGUAAUGUAGCUACAAUGUCACAUGGGUAAUUCAGUUUUGGUUAGUGUUUUUUAGGGGAUUAUUCCAUUGUGUUUAGUGCAACCACAGUGUUCAGCUGCUUUGAGAACCAGGUUGAUAUCUUGUGUUAAGAAACUUGAAAUAUACAGAGCAAGCAGCUUUUUUGUGCAACCCAGAUUGGUUUUGAUCAUUUGUAUUCAUGUCAGUAGAACGUCUUGUUUUACUUCGUAGACGAUUCAAUCUGGGCUCUAAGAAAUUUCAUUUUGAUUGUAAAGGUGUGGGGGGGGGGAGGGGAGCAAAUUCCUAUUUGCUGCUCCAGAUGGUUUCUAGGUGACAGGGUAUCCAAGAAUAAAAGCCAGGUCUUCACCAUGUCRAAUAAAUAUUGUAUGUACCUCCUCGGUAAAAACUACUAAUAUUAAUAUUUAACUUUUAAUUUAAACACAUAAAUUUGUAAUUUAUUUUUAACAACUUGUAAUGCAUUUACUUUGCUUUUUUAAAAAAUAGGUCACCUGAAUUUCUGUUUAAAACCACUGGUGGUUUAUUUAUUAUGCGUGUUGUUAUCUCAUCACACUAACUACUAACUUCCCUUAUGACUAAACUUAGAAGUGUGCUACAGGGUUCACACCUAUCUUGACUUCUCCUACUACCUUAAAAUUUUUUGAGUGCUUUUGAAUAUCGCUCCUCUUCUUCAUGUCUCAUGCAAUGGCAACAAUCUUUCUUUUCCUUAUCAUACUAGUGAAUUUACAGUUUCCAGCUUGGAAACGGGGGAUUGUUCCACCCAUCUUCAUCUCAGUCAUAUGUUCUCCAACAAGGGCUCUCAGUCUUUUUGUUAACAGAAUACACUGGAAGGUUAAAAGCACUGGAAGGAAUAACACCGAAACCCCACAAAUAACUUGGAAAAGCUUCAGAGCUGAAAAUAAAACUUCUUUCCUGAAUAAAAACCUGCAGACCACCAAACAAUCAGCCAGAAGAAGAAGCAGCCUUCGCUCCAGCUACAAUUUAGAACCGUGGAAGGAAAUUCACUCCACUUGGCUGGCAUUUAGCUCUCGUUGACCCUGUUGUUGACUUUUUCCUUAAUCCACCGCUUCCUCUUUUUAUUAUGUGGGGUUUUUGGGCUGUGACUCCUCAACGUUUCAGUUCAUUCCUACUUGUCAUAUUUGAUCUACUUGAUGUUUGAUUACUUGAAGGGAAGCGUUCUGUUGACUGCGUUUUUCUACCAGCCAGCAUUCAAUGAAAGUUUGCGGGCAAGAAGGUUGUGGCAUCCGUUUCGUUUUGAUAUAAAUCAUUGCAGACACCUUUUUGUCUGGACAGUCUAUGUGUUGAAAAGAAAUUCUCCUGCUUUUGUAAGAAGCACCCACCUGUAUUUUUUUCUGAAAAUUGUCGUCGCCUGCAAGGAAAUGUAAAAGAAAAUUCAGCGUCCAUUCCACAUGACAGGCAUUUUUUAAACGCUGUUUGUUGCACAAAACUUUUCAAGAAGCCUUCUGCACUGUGUAAAGAGGUUACAUUCUUAGUAGAGGGGGAGGAAAUAAAGGGGUUGUGGGUGGGGUGGUGCUGGGGUCUGGCAGUUACAGACCAAUGGUUUUGAAUCAUGAAGUGUAAAUAAUACGUUUUCAUAAAGCAAAAAAUUAAAAAAAAAAAAAAAAUCCUUUUUGAUAAUGUUUUAAAUGUAUCUGUAAAAAAGGUGUAAAUAAACUUUUGGGGUUAAAAAGGAGUGUAGACUAUAUAUAAAUUUAUUUGUACACAUGAGCACUGGGUUUCUUUAAUAUUUGAUUAUAACUAAAAAUUAAUAAUCUGCCAAAGUGUUUUUAAUUUUUCUCCUGUCUGUUCCAUUUGUUUUAUUUCACCUUUUAACAGCGGACUGUAGUAUUUAAUUCUCUGUAAUUUAAUUUUGUUGUAUGUUUUUUUUUUUUUUUUAAUGAGAAGGGGGUUAUUUUAAUUUAUUGGUGCCUUGUUUUGUGCUCCUGUAUACUUUCACUCUUUCCGUUUCUCAGUGUUGUGUGUCUGUGGGAGUUUCAGGGGGGAUUAACUUGCAGGUCGGGGGAGGGAGGGGGGUCCAGUGGGUGGGUGGUUAAAAUCUUUAGCAACUUCUGUACUUACAUGGAAUCUCUGUACUUUAUGCCAAAAUGGUCUCACUCACGUUUCUAUGAAAUCAAGCUGUUGAUAAAUCACUAUAUAUUGAUAUAUUAAAUUUAUAAAAACUGUCUAAACUUU